UAUUCUUCUUCUUCACUAAAAUGCUCCUCCUACAUUUCUCUUCUGGGUAGGAGGAAGGAGUUCCAGUCGUCUGAGCUUUCACCUGUGGAAAUGUCAAUAGCGCCCUCACUCCCUCGUCUACAUUCUCCUUUCCUAUGUUGCCCUCUCAACCGUUCUUCUUCCUCUCCUUGUCUUUCCCACAACUUGGCUCAACGCUCGCCCAAGUCCUAUCCAUGCAUCAGAGCUGUUGAUCUUGAUCAAAACACGGUAGUGGCAAUAUCAGUAGGGCUGGUGAGUGUUGCAGUUGGAAUUGGCAUUCCGGUUUUCUACGAAUCCCAAAUCGACAAUGCUUCAAAGCGAGACAACACUCAACCCUGCUUCCCUUGCAACGGAACUGGCGCACAGAGAUGCCGAUUUUGCACUGGAAGUGGCGCGGUCACGGUAGAGCUUGGUGGGGAUGAAAAAGAAGUGUCUAAAUGCAUCAACUGUGAAGGGGUCGGAUCAUUUACAUGCACCACAUGUCAAGGUUCUGGGAUUCAACCUCGAUACCUUGAUCGAAGAGAAUUUAAAGACGAUGACUGAAGUCUAUCUGCGGGAACAAGUAGCUGGAUUAUUCGACUCUCUUCGUGUCAGAGGGCUGCUUAACUUAAAAGAGGAGUUAAGGUCAAGAAAUGUUCAGUUUUUUGGUUUUUUUUGUACACACCUUUACUACAUUUGUCCAAUUGUUUUCAUGCCUUCUUCCAAACCCACAUAUUAUGGAACAGUCU